UCGAAUUUCUACCUCACGCCACAAUUGCGCCGCAACAUGUCGAACGACGCAACGCCUUCGCCGAUCGCCGGCAUGACGCUGUCGAGUGUGAUGCGAGACAUCAAGGAGAAGUUCAAGAACGAGGACGAAGACGCUGCUACUUCUCCCUUCCAGAACCUGGACAAAGCGACAGUCCUUCAUGAGACAAAGAUCUUCUCGGAUGCGCAGAUGGUGAUGAAGCAGCCGCGCAAGUGCUGCCAGUUGAUCACGAAGCUGCUGCACAUCUUGACCCAGGGCGAGCCAUUCACAUCCAACGAAAUCACGGAUGUCUUCUUCAAGGUGACCAAGCUCUUCCAGGGCAAAGACGCCAACCUGCGGCGCAUGAUGUACCUGUUCAUCAAGGAAGUUGCCGACGCCACCCCUUCCGACAGUGUCAUCAUCGUGACCCAAAGUCUCAGCAAGGACAUGAACUCCGACACGGACUUGUACCGCGCAAACGCUAUUCGAGUCCUCUGCCGUAUCAUCGAUACCUCCACUCUCGCCGCUAUCGAACGCUACAUCAAGCAGGCCAUUGUAGACAAAAACCCUCUCGUUUCGUCGUCCGCGCUCGUGUCUGGGAUGCAUCUGAUGCGCCACUCCGCCGAUGUUGUGCGCCGAUGGGUUAACGAAGUGCAGGAAGCGCUUAACUCGCCCACAGAUAUGGUGCAGUACCACGCGUUGGCUCUCCUGUAUCAAAUCCGCCAGCACGACAAGUUGGCCGUGUCCAAGCUGCUAUCUCAGCUGCAAAAGUCCCCACUCAAGUCCAACUUGGCCUGUUGUCUGCUCAUCCGGUACUCGGCAUCACUUUUAGCGGACGACAUCGCUGGCCCCAACUCUCGCCCGCUCUACCAGUUCCUCGAGAAGAUGCUUCGCCACAAGAGCGAAAUGGUGCUAUACGAGGCAGCUCGCGCUAUUUGCUCGCUUCCUUUGGACUCGCGAGACUUGGCGCCUGCGAUCACAGUGCUUCAAAUACUGCUCAGUUCGGUGCGACCGACCCUUCGCUUCGCCGCCGUGCGCACGUUGAGCCAAGUGGCGCUGGUGCAGCCCAUGUUGGUGGCCAAGGUGAACGAAGACUUGGAGACUUUGAUCGGGGACUCGAACCGCAGCAUCGCGACGUUGGCAAUCACAACGCUGCUCAAGACUGGCGCUGAGUCGAGUGUCGACCGCCUCAUGAAGCAAAUCAACACGUUUAUGAACGAAAUCGCAGAUGAGUUCAAGAUCGUUGUCGUUGAUGCCAUCCGCAACUUGUGUGUGAAGUACCCCCAGAAGCAUCGCAUGCUCCUCUCGGCCCUGUCGACGUUUUUGCGCGAAGAAGGUGGUCUCGAAUUCAAGAAGACCAUCACGGACGCCAUCCUCGAGAUCGUGAGCGUAUUGCCGGAGGCCAAGGAGACCGGUCUGCUCCACCUCUGCGAGUUCAUCGAGGACUGCGAGUUUACUUUGCUCAGUGUCAAGAUUCUGCAUGUGCUCGGGGUACUCGGGCCCACUACUGCGUCCCCUUCCCGCUACAUUCGGUUCAUUUACAACCGCAUCAUCUUGGAGAAUGCCACUAUUCGAGCAUCGGCCGUGUCGGCGCUCACGUCAUUUGCGAUUAAGGUGCCGGACCUGGCGCCCAGCAUCCGCACGCUGUUGCAGCGAUGCCUCACCGACGACGAUGACGAAGUGCGCGAUCGAGCAACCAUGUACUUGACUUUGACGGAGGAAGCGCCCGAGGCUGCCCUUCCAUUCUCCAUCAACCAGCUCGCCAAAUCCCUCGAGCAGUACGCUCUUCGCCCGUCGGAUGGCCCCAUCACGAUCCACAGCCUUCCCCACGUCGAAGCCGAUGCCGUCGCCCCAACUACCAAGACUGCCGCGUCGCAUUCUGCCGCUCCGAUGGCGGCGGUGGCUCAGCCAACGGUCGACCCUGCGCAGGAACUGUACAAGAUCCCCGAGUUUGCCGACCUCGGCCCGCUGUUUCGGUCGGCGGCCCCCGUGGAACUCACUGAAGCCGAGACCGAAUACGUGGUGACGGUAGUCAAACAUAUUUUCAAGUCCCACGUCGUGCUCGAGUACGUGGUGCUCAACACGGUGCAGGACCAGAUGCUCGUGGACGUGGGGGUGAACCUCGAGUGGGCGGACGAGUCGUUCGAGUUGCACAGCACGGUCCCAAUCAAGCAGCUCAAGUACGGUGACAAGGCGUCGACGUAUGUGUGUUUGGAGCAUGUCGCGAACGAAUUUGCCCUCGUCACGAUCGCGAACGAGCUCAAGUUCAAGGUCGUCGAGUUUGUUCGUGGCAAGCCCGAUGGCGACGGGUACAACGAAGAGUACCCGAUGGAGGACAUCGAGGUCAGCGGCGCCGAUUUUAUGGCCAAGGUGCAGGUCCCGGACUUCCGAUCCGCGUGGGAGCAUAUUGGCGACGAACAUGAAGUGCGUGAGCAAUACGCCCUGCGCUUUCAGUCGCUUGUCGAAGGUGUCGGUGCUGUGAUCGAGUACCUUGGCAUGCACGCAUGCGACAACACGAGUGUCCCAGCGCCCCAGGCGAAGGCCCACAUCCUGCUGCUCAGCGGCGUGUUUGUCGGCGGCGUCAAGGUCUUGGUCAAGUGCAAGCUUAGCCUCGAGGACAAGGGCGGCCAAAUGCUGCUGCAAAUGGCAGUGCGUUCGGAAGAUGCGGUCGUAUCUCAGACCGUGUCGGAUUGCAUCCGUUGA